AUGUUCUUGUUGAUCUUGUUGGUGGUCUUGAUCUUGUUGGUGGUGGUGUUCGACUUUGUUGAUGUUGUUGGUGGUGGUGGUGGUGAUGAUGUCCCGGCAAGUAUUCUUUGGGAAAAAUUAAGAGAUGAUGAUGCUAAUAUUGGUGGAUUUACCCCGAGUGAUUUUUCCGGAUUUGGUGGUAAUUUUAGUAGUGGUGGAUUGAGUGGUAGAAGAUUUGUUGAUGUUGGUGUCGGUACUUCUAAGGUCCCUUCAUGUGCUUGUGAGUGCACCACUUGCAAGGACACAAUGGAUAAUUUGAUUAGAAAGGUGGAGGAAUUGGUGCAGGCCCAAGAAGCCACAAACACUUCUAUACAGAGGUUGAUAUCCAAGAGGGGUAUCAAACCAUCAAAGAAUCUUUCCUCACCUUAUACUCCUGUUCAUGCUCGGAGGAGGGGCAAAGCAAUUGCCAAGGCACUUGCAUCAGUUAGAUCAAGAAGAUCUGUUGCUACUCCUAGUAAGUCAAUUGAGACUCCUCUUCUUGAUGUUGGGCCAAAAGUGCUAAAAAAGGUGGACAUUUUCAAGCACAUACAUGCCCAAAGAAAGAAAAAGGUUGAGACUGCAAUCAAGUCCAAAAAGAGUGGGAGAACCAUGUACUCAAUGCAUGAAUUUGGAGCGACGGACUUCAAGGCUCGACAAGCAUGGAAAUAUGGUGGGAGGAUUGGUAUGUAGAUGAAGUCCUGCUUCUAAUGCGUAUGAGGCAAAUCAAUUUCCCCGAGUACUAUGAUUCUACUGACAUAAUCCUGGACCUCAACUUUUAUAACAACAUGUCCAAGAGGUACGCAGAAUUGACAAAAGAGAGUACAGUUCCAAAUGCCGUGUCUCUGAAGGUUAGACUUGCUGAAUUCAAGUGGGAUGAUGAUAUGGUCGAUUAUUGUAGGGGUGUCAGACCCUACCCGGGAGGCUGCUCUUGGGCUGGUGCAAAGAGGGUUUUAACAGUGAUGAAUAUUAAUGCCACACAUUUUGUCACUCUCGAGUUCAUGAUUGAAGAGGGAGUGGUAAAUGUGUAUGACUGCAACGUUCCUGUCUAUGAAGAAUCUAAUUUCUUUUGUUUCAUGGAGCCGGUAAUGGAAUUGUGGCCCAAGUUAUUGCAACAGAGUGGA